AUGCGUACUAACGAAACAUAUGAUAGAGAUCCACCAUCGUCAUGUUCAGCAGGACCCGUGGGGGAUGAUUUAUACCACUGGCAAGCGUCUAUUAUGGGACCUCCAGACUCGCCAUAUGCCGGGGGGGUUUUCUUCUUAUCGAUCCAUUUUCCUACCGAUUAUCCAUUCAAGCCACCUAAGAUUGCGUUCACGACCAAAAUCUACCACCCUAAUAUCAACGGUAACGGGAACAUCUGUUUGGAUAUAUUAAAGGACCAGUGGUCGCCCGCGUUGACGAUUUCUAAGGUGUUGUUAUCUAUUUGCUCGUUGUUGACUGAUGCCAACCCCGACGAUCCUUUGGUACCAGAAAUCGCUCAUAUCUACAAGCAAGACAGAGCCAAGUACGAAUCCACCGCUAAGGAAUGGACCAAGAAGUAUGCGGUUUGA